UUCUCCACUAUCUCACUCCCUUUGGCAGUGUGCCAGUCCUCCUCUUCCUCUUUCUCUCAUGAAUUCAACUUCUCCUAUUGGAGACCCCCCCCCCCCCCCCCCCGUUUUAUUUCCAUCAGCUGGAGGACCUGAAAACAUCCACAUACGCUUGGACAUGGGCAUCGUGACCCUAUACAAGGACACGGGAAAUGCCGUCAAAGACCAUUAACAACUUUUUCUUCCAUUUUGAGGCAGGAAAAAAAAGCUUGACAACAUAAGGAAUCUUUGAGGAUUAUUAUUAUAAUUUUUUUUAACUUCAAAAUUAAGUGACAAAGUUACGUUUGUAUACAUUGACAGCAUUGACAACAUGAGUGUAAAUAGGAAAAAGAGUGGGCUGAUUAUUCGUUGGCAGAAGUCGUUGUCCAUCCUGGCUCCUUGGAGGAAAGGCAAAGAGGCCCGAGACUCAGUACUGGACAGCGCAGUUGUGCUGACAAAAAUUAAGCGAUUCGGCAACUUCAAUGACAGGCUUGCAAAGGUGGACAAUUUCCCCUCCACCCACUCUGAUGAGAAGAUCUCACACCACUCCAAAGACUCUUUGGUGGAUUUCCCCGCUGAUGAAAAGUCAGGACAGUGUCAAACCUACACCAAUGCAGACGACCUGUCAGGCAUUUUCUCAGGUUCUCAAUUGACAAGGUUGUACAAGUUUGAGUCAGAGGACUCUGGAGUGGAGUUAUCAAGUGGUAACGCUCCAUCCAGUCCAAGAGGCUCCGACCAGAACUUUGCUGUCCACAGUCGCGAGUCAUCCUGCGACUCAUCUAAUUUAAAGUCGUACCCAUCAACACACUCUGAUGAGCAAACAAAACAUCAACAGAACUCUGACAUUUCACAGCCACAGGCUGACAUCAGCUCUUUGCCCUCAAGAACUGAAGUGCAAACUUGUGAGGAUCUGGAAACGGAUCUGUAUAGUUCACUGCCAGUAAACCCUGAGGGUGAGGAGGAGAUGAUUGAAAAGCUCCAGAAGACAAAGAACUCCAAGGCUAGGAACCCAUCAUUAUCGGAAACCUAUAAUAACAAGGCAGACAGUGACUUGGCGUCUUUAAAAGGGAGUGGCACCCGUGACAACUUUGUCAAGCACGUGGACAAAUGCUGCAUACAAAGUGAGACACAAGAAUCAAGAUCCAAUCCUUUGGGGUCAGGACUUGGGUACUUGGAACACAUCUGCCAGCUCAUCGAGAAAAUUGGUCAGCUGCAAGAGAACAACCUUCGUCUUCAGAAGCAGAUCUAUCGCUUGCAGAAGGAUGACAAUAUGGCAAAGACUAAAGAGGACUUCUUCCAACACCAUUGCAGCUGUGGUGCAGCCACUCUCGCCUUUGAGGACGUAGGCGAAGUUUUGUCACUCAGUGGAACACUCUCUGAUCUAUCCACUAUCCCAGAAAUCUCUCGGCACCCGCUCAUAUCAUCCCAGAUUAAUUUGACUUGUGACAACUUGACGCCAUUCCCUCUGUGGAAAAGAAGCCUCAACCGAAUGAGUUAUAAUGAGGGGGAUUGUGAAAGCACAGAAGGGCUUUCCAUACCUCAUCGGCCGGUUUGUACCUCAUGUUUUGUUCUUAUGCAGCAGCUGGGUGAUUAUGACACAUGGGACAGAGUCAAGGACCUGGUGAAGAAAACUAAUGUGAGAAACAGGAACAAAUUGGGAUUAACCAGCACCUCACUGAAGAUGUCCUGUCCACAACUCUACAAGCCUGAUGUGGGACAAAGGGAACCUGAUACCAGAAAUAGGAACUCCAUGAUUGUCUUGGGACACCUCAACAAAAUGCACAUCCCUUGGCUACAAUAAAUAUCCAGAUUAUCGUCAUCUAGGAUGAGGAGGAGAGCAUCGCAGAGGAUCCAGGACAGAGAACAACAAACAAUGGAAGGAGCGACAAAGACAAUACAUAAUUAGGGAUUGAAGGGAAGAUUCCAGAAUGAGUUGUAGCUGUACAGUAUGUGGGAGGAAGGGUCAAACUGUAAACACUGUGACAUUUAUGUCUGACGAAAUCAGUGGAAGAAGAUUACCGUACUUUUAAAACAACCUAUACAACAAAAUACAGUAUUAUAUGCUCCCAAAUUACUGUAGUCAUAUUUUCAGCAAAACAUUUAUUUCAAUUUAUUUAAUGUGCAAUAUACAAAUAUAGUAUUUAGCUCUAGUUAGGUGAGGGUGUAGUUAGCAUGCUAGCGACAAAUGUGGUGUUUCAUAUUUGUUAAGUACGGAGCAUGUUGGAACGCAUGCAAACAUUGUGUGUCAAGAGUAUGCUUUGAUGGAUUAUUUUGUCAGGAUGAUGUAUGCCGGAAGAUAAUAUUUGAGAUAAACACCGUGGGAGACUUUCUUCUCUUACACAGUAUGGAACAUACCUGAUAUCAGUUUAAGCAGCCCAACAGGAGCUGGCCUGCAUCUCCCUUUCCCCUGAUACUGUUUUACUUCUUGAGCUGGAACUGACUCACAUUUCCUCAAAAUGUGCUUUAUGUUGAGUCUAAAUGCAUCUUUUAAUGCCAUUUCAGGGACAGCGAUUACUACAGUGGGCAGCUUAUCAGGUUAUCACGGUUACAGGUUAUCAUUAUUUGUGGUUGGAAGGGUUAAAAGGUGUCUAUUGAUGUGUCUAAUGACCAGCAUGCGGUAUGGAAGUAAUAUAUAAGUUCAAAACAAAGUAAAGCAAAUAAAGAAAAACAUCCAUUUAACACCCCAAACUGUCCAGACAAGGCCCUCUUUUUAUUGCCCCCCCACCCUGAAAAAAAGCCAAACGACAGCAAAAAGUGCUUAAUGUCUACAUAGCACCAUCCAAAUGUACCUCAGAGGAAAAUGGAAGUGUUUUUUCUGAUAUAGUGCAUACCUAACUCCUUGUAUCAUUUGAUUAAUUGGAUAACUAAAAACCUGUAAAUGUUUGGAUACAUUAUUAUUAUUAUUACUAUUAUUAUUAUUAUUAUUAAUGUCCGCCCAGUUGUUGAUUUAUAACUCGCAGUUGUAAAUAUUAUUCAUUAAUGUUUGCAGGAAAUUAUUAUUAUUAUUUAACUCAAGUUCUUUUGCUUUCUGUCAUUUUGUAUCCUUAACACACUUUUAUGCAGUUGAACGUGUUUUUUUUUCCUUUGGUAAAGAAAUAAAA